UCUGUUACAACAUCCAAAUAAUAACUCAGAUUUUAUCUUGCAUAAUGAAAAUUGUUAUUGUUUUUUAAUUCACGAUAAGGAUUAUGAUAAAUAUUUCAUUAAUUAUGUCGGUUCAUACGUAACAUCAUAUAUAACCUAUAAAAUUGCAUUUGGUGAAUUUAUUUUUUGCAAACUUAUUUAAAUAUAAAUUUAUAAACAUGAAGAGAAGAUUGACGAAAUCUGAGUCCACUUCGUCUCAAGAUAAAGCCGAUAGUUUUGUAAUAAUUAAUGAAAGGCCAGUGGAUGAUAUUUCAUUAGAGUUCUUUUACAAACCACAUAAUUUAACAUUGCUUGGAGUCUCGAUAGCAGCUGUGAUAUAUUCAGCAUUUAUUAGAAAAGAAGAUAAUGUCGAGGAUAAUAUAUGGGCAGGAAUGUGCAGUGUUGUGUUUUUCUUUCUUAUAAUAUCAGUCUUAACUUUUCCCAAUGGACCUUUUACAAGACCCCAUCCUGCAGUGUGGAGGAUAGUGUUCGGAUUAUCUGUUUUAUAUUUCCUAGGAUUAUUGUUUCUGUUAUUUCAAAGUUAUCAAACAGUUAAUGGAAUAUUAUUAUGGCUCGAUCCAAGUUUGAAGGAUUUUCAUAUAGAUAUGGAAAAAGAAUAUGGUGUCAACUGUUCAGACAUAACAUUUGAACGUGUCUGGUCUCAUGUAGAUGUUUUUGCCUGGGGUCAUUUCCUUGGCUGGAUGUUCAAAGCUGUUCUAAUCAGGCACAUGGGUAUCCUUUGGGCGAUAUCAGCAAUGUGGGAAAUUACAGAAAUUGCAUUUGCUCAUCUUCUUCCAAAUUUCGUGGAGUGUUGGUGGGAUGCUUUAAUUCUAGAUGUUGUUUUAUGCAACGGCUUUGGAAUCUGGUGUGGAUUGAAAAUUUGUAAAAUGUUGGAAAUGAGGGAAUACAAAUGGGUCAGCAUAAAGGACAUAUCAUCUACUUCUGGUAAAAUAAAAAGGGCAGUCUUACAAUUCACUCCAGGAAGUUGGACGCAUGUGCGUUGGCUUGAUCCCAAUUGCACCUAUAUGAGAUUCUUUGCUUAUGCCAAAUGUGAUUUCUGGCAGAUAUCAGAAUUGAAUACAUUCUUCCUUAAACACAUUUUUGAAAUGCCUCCAAAUCAUCCAUUGGUUUUUGCCCGUUUGGUUUUGAUUAUAGUCAUUGUUGCUCCAUCAGUUAGGCAAUAUUACACGUAUGUCACGGAUGCCAGAUGCAAACGUGUAGGAACUCAAUGUUUGAUUUACGGUGCAAUAAUGAUUUUAGAAGCCAUACUAUGUUUUAAGAAUGGAGGCGAAUUAUUUGAGCGAACACAAGCUUUGAAUAUUAUUUUAUGGUUACUCAUACAAAUGGUAGUUUCUGUACUGUGUGUAUACGGAUGUGUUGUAUGGCAUAAGUAUUUUAAUACAGAGAUUGACACGUCAAGAGAACAGUCUCCAGUGAAACAGGGUCGACCUAAUGAUAAAAAAGUAUUUGUGGAGUCUAUUUCUAUAGAAGACAACUUGGAUCAUACCAAAUCUGAAAAAGAAGAUUAAUAGAUAUAAUUAUUAUUAAAUUAUAUGUACAUAUGUCAAAAGCGACAAACAAAGCUGCA